AUGAUAAAUGGAUUUAUUGUUGCUGUGAAUGUCACUGACUGGAUGAAACAAAGACCAGUGACCUCUACUGACCAGAUUCUCACCUUCCUCGCAGUCACAAGGGUGUUCUAUCAUUCUGCCUGCCUGUUGGAUAUAUUUCUUCAGACUCUCUUUAUAGAAAUACUUAUUAAAUAUGCUGUAGUUAUUAAAUGUAUUCUUGCAUUCUCCUUCUAUUCCAGCAUCUGGUUAACAAACCUUCUCUCUGUUGUCUUCUGCCUGAAGAUCUGCAACUUCCACAAUGUCUUCUUUCUACGUCUGAAAAUAAUGAUAUUACAGAGGAUCGUCUGUCUGAUUAUUGGUUCUGUGCUGGUUUCCAUUUGUUCCAGUUUAUCAUAUAUUUUGAUAUCAAUAAUUGAAAUUCCUGAGAAUUCAUCAAACAAAACAAGUAACUGGGGAAAAAAUUAUUCUGUGAUAUAUGUGUUUUUGUUCUGGAAUGCAGUGCCCUUUCUCAUCUUCCUAAUAUCAUCGUACCUUCUCAUCUUCUCUCUGUGUCAUCACAUGAAUAGAAUGAGAUAUGACAGAGCUGUAACAGGACAACUAGACACUUAUUACAAGACCAUAACAUUUUCAGCUGUCUCAUUCCUUACCUAUGCCUUUUGUUGCAUUACACAUGUUACUCUAUGGUUCCAUCAGGGAUCACCUGAUCAUUUAGGAGCUAGAUUUAUUUUGAAUGUUUUUCCAACUCUGCAUUCUAUCUACCUGAUCCAUGUAACCGCCAGGCUAAAGAGUCAUCUUUUUGAGAUUGUGCAACAUGUAUCCAAAUGCUUAUUUCAUUGA